AUGGAUAUCGCAACAAAGCUCCAUGUAGCGAUUUUGGCCUCUAGGGGGGAGUUAGCUACCUUUAGGCUAGAAAUUGGUGACCCGUUUAAUGAGAAAUAUCACACUAAGGACGACUCAUCUCAGUCAGGACAGUCGAUCCUAGCGACCACAAUGCUAGGCAUCAAGCACCGGCGGGGAUUAGAUGGCUGGGAAGUGUGGCUACCAGCAGUUGUAUUACUUACGGAAACCCCUCCAGUUUCGCCAGACAAGUUGGAUUCAAAUGACGGCGCCAAUUCUACGGCCCAGAGUACCGAAACUAGCCCCCAAGCAACUUGCCUAGCUGUUGGCGAAAAGGCCGAUGAGAUCAUUCCAGCCAUGGACGAUGGGAUCACUGCAGCAAUAGAUGACGAGAUCAUUCCAGCCAUGGACGAUGGGAUCACUGCAGCAAUAGAUGACGAGAUCAUUCCAGCCGUGGACGACGAGAUCAUUCCAGCCAUGGACGAGGAGAUCACCCUAGCCAUGGACGAGGAGAUCACUGAGGGCGUGCAAAUACAGAAUGAAUCGGAUUCAAACAUUAGCGGCAACUCUACAGCCAACCUUACGAGGAGAUCGACUAGAAAUUAUGCUCCCCAGAUGUCACCCUACGAAGUCCCAUCGGAAUCCAAGGGGCUCCCAUACCUAAACAUUGUAUCAUUAAAAAGUAUGCACCCACGUUGGAAUCUCCUCGAGAAGCUUCGCCCUGAGAAUGGGUACACUAUUGGACAGAAUGUUAGGAUGGAUGUCAAAGAUGGUCCGACUUGUGGCAAAAUUAUUCAAAUGCGCAAGCCGCUAAGAGGAGAGGGUAUACAAGUUCUCAUAGCAAAGCUCUGGGGAAGAUGGCGGAUCAUCCAAGACGCAGAGGGCUUGGAAACGUUCCAAAAGAAACUUGACACGCGUUGGCCAGCUGAGGAGUGCUCGUUCCAAUACGUACUGGGCACAGAGUAUAUGGUGAUAUCUUGUAGAGAUAUUAAAGCUGAGGCGCAGAUCUCGCUUUCUCCCGAUUUAAUUUAUCACAGACCGUAUGGCCCGGUAGACUUGGAUAUUCAUUUAAGAAGUGCUAUAAAAAAGCACUUCUCCAAGGACGGAGUUUUCUAUGGCAUCAAGUUGGUGUAA